AAGAGAGAGAGAGAGAGAGAGAGAGAGAGACAGACGAGACUCCAGUUCUGCAGCGGAGACAAAAGACAGGAGAGAGAGGACAGACCGACAGUAGGACACCGCUGUUGGACAGCGACAGCGAGGAUGGACGGGAGGAGCGGCCGUCGGUAGCGCUCUUUUUUCGGCUAUAGAGCUCCAGGAUGAGCGUAGCGCUGCAGGACCUUCGGAACACCAUGUCCAACUACAAGCGAGCUACAUUUGAGGAGGAGGAAGUUUCUGACGGACCAGCUGAGGCGUCUCUGUCUCCUGACGGAGUGGAGGUAGGCUUCAGGAAAGGAGGUGUGAACAUCCUGGGCAGGAGAACUCAGCUGGAGGUGAUCCUGUCAGUCCUGCUGCUCGCUACUCUGCUCGCUCUGACAGCAUGUCUGUUUGUGCUCGGAGUAACCUUUAGUUCAGACAGCAGUCGUGACCUGUGUCUGUCGGAGGCCUGCAUCACUGUGGCCAGUCAGAUCGUGGAGGCCAUGGACCGCAGCGCAGACCCCUGUCAGGACUUCUACCAGUUUGCCUGCGGUGGAUGGGUGAGGAAGAACCCACUUCCUGAUGGACACUCACAUUGGUCCACAUUCAACGACAUCAUGGAGCAGAACCAGGCUGUCCUCAAACACCUGCUGGAGAAUGGUACGUUUAACGGCAGCAGUGAGGCAGAGAAGAAGACUCAGUCCUACUACUUGUCAUGCCUCAACACACAGAAGAUUGAAGAACUGGGAGCGCAGCCUCUUAUAGACCUCAUCAUCAAGAUCGGUGGCUGGAACAUAACAGGUCCCUGGGACAAAGAUAACUUCAUGGAGGUUCUGAAGGUAGUGUCUGGUCCAUACAGGGCUCAGCCUUUCUUCAGUGUCGGAGUCAGUGUUGAUCCAAAAAACUCAAACAGCAAUAUCAUCCAGGUGGACCAGUCGGGUCUCUCACUGCCCUCCAGGGACUAUUACCUGAACAAAACAGCAAAUGAAAAGGUGCUGGUGGCUUACCUGGAGUACAUGGUGGAGCUGGGGGUGCUGCUGGGUGGAGACAGGAGCUCAGCACAGCUGCAGAUGCAGCAGAUUCUGGAUUUUGAAACGGCACUCGCCAACAUCACAGUUCCACAGGACCAACGGAGGGACGAAGAGAAGAACUACCACAAGGUCACCAUCGCUGAACUACAGGUACAUCAUCAGCACCAGGGGGAGAAGAUGAUGCAGUGGUGCUCGUGUAUGUGUGUGUCUGUCUGCCUGUGUUUGAGUUUCAGUUUGUGUAAGUGUGUGUGUUGGUCUGUCUGUGUGCAUUCAUUUGUUUGUAUGUAAAUGUGUAUGGCUGUGUGUCUGUGAGUGUGUGUUAGGACUGAUUUGGUCUCACCUCACUCUCUGCGGCAGCUCCCUGUCCUUCAGGCCUGCAGAUGCUUUUGGUGUUACCAUGGCAACUGUUGCCAUGAGCUGUUGCUAUGUGCCUAUAUGUCAGGUGAAGGAGGGGCAGAGGGGAGAGGAGGGUGUACUGCCU